AUGGCGCACAACGGUCACGGCUCGAACCCGUACCAGCCCGGCUCGCGCCAGAACGCUCGCCGCCCUGCCCCGGAGCGACCCGACGGCGAGCCCGAGUCGCAGCGGCCGCGUCAGGACGCCUCGAGCUCGCGACCCGGCCACAGCGCUGUCACCUACAACAGCAACGUCGACAACGCCUACGGCUACGACCCUCGGGGGCCGCAGGCGGGAGCCGGGCGGCGCGCCUCGCGAGACGACAGGUUCUUGCCCGACAACGAACACUCAAUGUUCGACGGCUGGCGCAUGACGUUCGGGCAGGAUCCUUAUCACCGGCCAGAGGUCGACGGGCACUUUGACAACAAUGGCAAGCCGCUCCCUUCUGACUGGUCCAACUCGUCCCGGUCGUCAAUCGCCGUGAGCGCGAACGGCGGCGAGUACGGGUUCGGCGGUGGAGCGGCUGCGUCGAACGGGCCAGCAUCGCGUCGUCCCUCGCAGCACGGUCACUCGCGCCAGUCGUCCGGCAACGGCGACGGCGACGUGACGAUGGGCGGGCAGUGGUCGACGCCGCCGAGUCCCGAGCGCAACCGCAGUGCUCGCGGCAGCGUCUCGAACCCGAGCAACGCCGCUCUGCAGCGCGGCCGCGGUCGGCCUUCCUUGGGCUACUUCUCGGCGAACGGCUCGCAGGGCGCGCCGCCGUCGGACGGAGCGAGUCGUCGUUGA